CUGACUUUGUGGAGUCAAAAGUUCUCCUGCUUUUAAAGUUCCCAGUGUGGCUGCUUUUCUGUCUCCCUCUCUCCCCCUUCUCUCGCUCUUAAAAAAUGCAUCAGUCUCUUCCCCCAACCCCGGUCUUGUGUGUGUGAUUCUCUCGUGUUUCCACUACUAACGUGCUGCUGCUGCCGUCUCUUUUUUGUAGCGGAAACGAGUGGUGUGGCUGAAAUGACGUACAGGACAAGGGUUACUUUGUACGUCUCCUCUCCUGGAGAGACAGACAACGGGACAGUCAUUCAGUCCACCCUCCCUUCCUCUUGGAGCAUUAGUUAGCUUAGCCUUAGCAAGAAGGAGAGGAGACUGAGCCAGGGAGGGUGAGAGAAUCAGGAAAAAAAAGAGCUCUCUCCUCCCAACACAGGAGGAGGAGGAAGAGAACCAGAGGCCAAACAAAACAGUGAGAGAGUUGAAGGAAACCUCCUCCCCUUCUGGGAAAAGGAAAGUGAAGAGUGAGUAGGCUUUGAGGAUGAUAACUUAGUGCAGAGCAGGGAGGGGCAGCCAGUCCUUUCUCUCCCAGGCUCUGCCAGGUGCCCCCAUUGCAGAAGUGCUCACGUCUGUCUGGUGUGUUUGGGAAGGGGGACAGGAGAGAUGGCACAGGAUGCUGAAGGGGGUGAGGAUGCGCCCCAGGUGCUGAAGGAAGAGGAGAAGGAGAGGAAGAACAGGAGGCGAAGCAAGAGGAAGAAGGAGAGCAAGACACGGACUGUGCGCUCUAACCUGCUGCUACCUGGGCCUGAGGCGGAGAAGCCCCAAAGGAGCCCCCUGGCCAACAAUCGCCUCAAGACCACCAAGUACACGGCUCUGUCCUUCCUGCCCAAGAACCUCUUUGAACAGUUUCACCGCCUGGCCAAUGUCUACUUCGUCUUCAUUGCGCUGCUCAACUUCGUGCCGGCGGUGAAUGCCUUCCAGCCUGUGCUGGCCUUGGCCCCUGUGCUCUUCAUCCUGGCUGUCACUGCCAUCAAGGACUUGUGGGAGGAUUACAGCCGCUACCGCUCUGACAAUGAGAUUAACCACAUGGAGUGUCUGGUCUACUGCAGGAAUGAAAAGAAAUAUAUGAACAGAUAUUGGAAAGAAGUAGAAGUUGGCGACUUUAUUCAGCUUCGUUGUAAUGAAAUCAUACCUGCUGACAUAUUGCUGCUCUCUUCAAGUGACCCUGAUGGGCUGUGUCAUAUAGAAACUGCUAACCUGGAUGGGGAGACCAAUUUAAAACAAAGACAGGUAGUGAGGAGAUUCUUAGAGUUGGACUCUGAAUUUGACCCCUUGAAGUUCACCAGUGUCAUUGAAUGUGAGAAGCCAAACAAUGACUUAAGUAGGUUUCGAGGUUACAUCUUCCAACUUCUGAAACAAAUGAGUCAGGAAUCCUACAGACAACAGCUUCCUUCACUACACAACCCUGAUUCAUCCCCAGAGCAGGACCAUCUUGUGCUCUUACAGAGUGUACAUAAAAGUGGGAAAAGGGAUGGACUAUAUAAAGAAAACCUUUUGUUGCGUGGAUGUACUGUUAGGAACACAGAAGAGGUUACAGGGAUAGUAAUCUAUGCAGGGCACGAGACCAAAGCUUUGUUAAAUAACAGUGGACCACGUUACAAGCGCAGUAAGCUUGAAAGACAGAUGAAUAUUGAUGUCCUUUGGUGUGUCCUCAUACUUAUAGUCAUGUGUCUAUUUUCAGCCAUUGGUCAUGGCCUAUGGGUGUGGCAAUAUGGUGAGAAGAAACCAGCUUUCAGUGUUCCCGGGCUUGAUGGCAACUAUCUAUCCCCAGUUCUAGCUGCAGUAUAUUUAUUUUUGACAAUGAUAAUAGUUUUUCAGGUUCUGAUUCCGAUUUCUUUGUAUGUAUCCAUUGAAGUAGUUAAAGCAUGCCAAGUGUUCUUCAUUCAUCAAGACAAGGAUUUAUAUGAUGAAGAGACAGACUCUCAGCUACAAUGUAGAGCUUUAAACAUCACAGAAGACUUAGGGCAGAUGCAAUAUAUAUUCUCAGACAAGACUGGUACUCUUACUGAAAAUAAGAUGGUUUUCCGAAGAUGCACUGUUUCUGGAAUAGAGUAUUCCCACGAUGCUAAUGCCAGACGUUUAGCCAUGUACCAGGAAGCUGAUUCUGAGGAGGAAGAAACAGCAGCUAAAGGAGGAACAUUAUCCCAGCGGAACAGUGUCAGCAGUCAUCAGAGCAUUAAGGUUGUCCACAGAAGCCUGAGUAUGAAAUCCCACCGACGCACCGGCAGCAGGGCUGAAGCAAAAAGAGCAAGCAUUCUCUCCAAGCACACUGCAUUCAGCAGCCCAAUGGAAAAAGACAUCACUCCGGAUCCUAAUUUGUUAGAAAAAGUAAACGAAUGUGCAAGGAAUCUUGAGGUUAUGAGAAGCCAUGAACAGCCAUUAUCCCAGCUCACCCCUGAACUUUCUGACAUCUUUGACUUUUUCAUAGCAUUGACUAUUUGCAAUACAGUUGUUGUUACCUCUCCAGAUCAGCCACGGCAAAAGGUUAGAGUUAGAUUUGAACUGAAGUCGCCGGUAAAGACCAUAGAAGACUUCAUUCGAAGAUUCACUCCCAGUCGUCUGACCUCUGGAUCUAACAGCAGCAGUUCAUCAAGCCUGACUACCAGUAAAUCAAUGCCCAGAGUCGGUUCUAGUAUUCUUUCAUCUACAUCCACUGAGAGCACUUUAUUAAAACUGGAAGAGAAGUUGGCGCACUCUCCGCAGAUGAAUAACAAUGGAUAUAGCUCACAGCAGGACAGAAGGGCUAUAGGGAGUAGACCUGAAGAAGGAGAACUCCGUUAUGAGGCAGAGAGUCCAGAUGAAGCUGCGCUUGUCUAUGCAGCUCGGGCAUAUAACUGUGCUCUGGUUGGAAGACUGUCUGACCAGGUAUCAGUAGAGCUACCUCAUCUGGGAAGGUUAACCUUUGAACUCUUGCACACACUGGGCUUCGACUCCAUCAGAAAAAGAAUGUCAGUGGUGGUUAGGCAUCCCCUUACAGAUGAAAUAAAUGUUUACACCAAAGGAGCGGAUUCAGUUAUUAUGGAUCUUCUUCUGCCCUGUUCUUCAGAUGACCCUAGAGGCAAUCAUCAAAAAAAAAUCCAAAGCAAAACUCAGAAUUACCUUAAUCUGUAUGCUGUAGAUGGGCUGCGGACCUUGUGUAUUGCCAAGAGAGUUCUAAGCAAAGAAGAAUAUGCUAGUUGGUUAAAAAGUCAUUUAGAAGCAGAAUCUUCUAUUGAAAACCGUGAAGAGCUGCUGUUUCAAUCUGCACUUCGUAUAGAGACAAAUCUGCAUCUACUCGGUGCAACUGGUAUUGAAGACCGUUUACAAGAUGGUGUCCCAGAAACCAUUGCAAACUUACGUAAAGCUGGGCUGCAAAUUUGGAUUCUCACUGGAGACAAGCAAGAAACAGCUAUUAAUAUAGCUUAUGCAUGCAAGCUACUAGAUCAUGAUGAGGAAAUCAUCACCUUGAAUGCUGAAUCACUGGAGACAAGUGCUGCUCUGCUGGACCACUGUCUGCAAUAUAUAGAGUCUAAAUUUUCAAACAACACAAUCGACAAGACUGCUGGAAACACGACAGUUGGGUUUUGCCCUCUCUCUCCACCUUCAUCUUCAGUGCAUUCCAGCUUGGGCCUAGUGAUUGAUGGAAAGACUCUGGCUUAUGCACUGGAUAAAACACUAGAAGACAAAUUUCUUUCACUAGCCAGGAGAUGUUGCUCAGUUCUGUGUUGUCGCUCUACCCCACUGCAAAAAAGCAUGGUAGUAAAACUAGUCCGAGAUAAACUCAAAGCAAUGACCUUGGCAAUAGGUGAUGGAGCUAAUGAUGUCAGCAUGAUCCAGGUGGCAGACGUGGGUGUGGGGAUCUCUGGUCCAGAGGGCAUGCAGGCAGUGAUGGCGAGUGACUUUGCAGUCCCAAGAUUUCGGCAUUUGGAAAAGCUCUUGCUUGUUCACGGGCACUGGUGUUAUUCCCGGCUUGCCAAUAUGGUGCUGUAUUUCUUCUACAAAAAUGCAAUGUUUGUGGCCCUUCUCUUCUGGUAUCAGUUCUAUUGCGGGUUCUCUGGCUCUUCAAUGAUUGAUCAGUGGUACCUGAUCUUCUUUAAUGUAUUAUUCUCUUCUCUUCCACAACUGGUCACUGGUGUGCUGGAUAAGGAUAUACCAGCUGAAGUGCUAAUUGGUGUACCUCACCUCUACAAAAGUGGCCAGAAAAUGGAGGAGUACCAACCACACAUGUUUUGGAUGAACAUGAUUGAUGCGCUCUAUCAAAGUCUAGUUUGUUUUUACAUCCCUUUUUUCACUUACUAUGACUCAGAGGUGGAUCUAUUCUCCUGGGGAACGCCCAUCACCACAAUAGCUCUUUUCACCAUUAUAUUACAUUUGGCUAUUGAAACCAAAACUUGGACUUUGUUCCACUGGUCAUCUUGUAUCUUCAGUAUCCUUUUAUUUUUCAUUGUGGCUCUGGUUUAUAAUGCUUCUUGCCCAAUAUGUUAUCCUCCAUCCAAUCCCUACUGGACUAUGGAAAAAUUGAUGGGAGAGCCUGUGUUUUACUUGAUUUGUAUUAUAUCACCAGUUGUUGCAUUACUGCCCAGAUUUCUGUACAGAACCCUUCAGGGGACUGUCUUCCCAACCCAACUUCAACUUGGACGCCAGUUGAAUAGAUUGCCUCCAGAGACUCGCAACCAGAUUCCGAACAGGUUGAAUAUCAAAAAGGAAACCAUUCCCCAGAAACCCCCAUGUGCAGAACAUUGCCCACAGAAUCCUAAGUCAAAUGAUAGUGAUUGUUUUAAGGCCUGCAACCAAACCCCCUCUUCGCAAUCAUCUCAGUAUGGAAAUGACCCAGCUUUCCCAUCAAAUACAAAGGCAGAACACACAACAGGACUGAGUGUUACUGCUUCUCCUCCUGGAUCUCUGUUAUGUGGGGGGGAAAAACACUCCUCAGUGGCAAACAGUCAAGAACGAUCCCUGGGAUUUCACGAAAUUACUCACAACACUUCAGAGAUGGAGUCAAUGUCUGUAGAAGAAACGUUCCCAUGGAACACAACAGUUGACCAGUCAAGCUUCAGUUUAUUGAACUGGAUCACAUCAACUCCCCUGUUCAGUCGGUUUGGGAGAGUUUUACAACUGUCACCACAUCGUUUACAAAAUGAAGUACAGGACAACAUGUGUGUGCUUGGCUCCAUAUCUUCUUUGCAUCAGGAUUUCAAAGGCUUAACAGGGAAGAACUCAAACGACUUCCAGGAACAACUUAAAGGGACCCCAACUAAUUUCUGUAAAAGUGAAACUCUUGAAACCACCUUCUUAUGACAUGGGCCCUGAGUACAUUUAUAUAUUUUUUAUUUGCACAGAUGUAUAGUGAAAUUACUCUAAUUGUUUCCAGAGAUGAAACAGGCAAUCAAAGGUACAAAAAAUUAUUUAAAAAAUGUUGAAGUGCUGUAUAUUGAAAUAAGAGCUUUAAAUAUAAAGAAGAAAAUACACUUGAA